CGGCUAGCUAGCGUUAGCCGCUUGUCAACAUCUGUGUGUUGAUGUCGAUUCGCUGUGUUAUGUAGGUCUAAUUUAGUAGAGUUUUUGCAUGUUUGGCAGUAAUAGGCGAAUUAUAAUCAAGAAGAGGAGACUGUCAGCAGCAGCCCUGAUUGGUUGUCUUUGGUGAGAUGUAGCCAAUAAAAUGGAGUAUGAUGAGAGACUUGCACUUUUCCGCCAAACCCGCCUCAAUCCCUUUGACCGUGGAGAGGAAGAAGAUGGUCCCCAAGGAGGGAAGACGCCGCCACAACACGAAGCAAGACCUGAGCUGUUCUCAGGGACCAGAACCCACAGUUCAGAUCGGACCAUGGACCUCGGUCUAGCUGAGGAUCACUUCUCGCGGCCUGUGGGUUCGUUUGUGGCGUCGGACAUUGAACAGCUAAAACUGGCCAUAGAGGAGUGUAAGAAGCUGAUCUUGGAGCUGCCGGAACAUUCGGAGAGACAAAAGGACACUGUCGUGAAACUUAUUCACCUGCGUCUCAAACUGCAGGAACUUAAGGACCCCGAGGAGGACGAGCCUAAUCUGAGAAUUCUCCUUGAGCAUCGUUUUUCCAAAGAGAAGAGCAAGAGUGUGAAACAGACUUGUGACAAGUGUAGCACUAUCAUCUGGGGCCUUAUCCAGACUUGGUAUACCUGCACAGGAUGCUACUAUCGUUGCCAUAGUAAAUGCAUGAACCUGAUCACCAAGCCAUGUGUCAGGUCGAAGGUCAGCCACCAGUCAGAGUAUGAACUCAGCAUCUGCCCAGAAAUAGGACUAGACCGGCAAGACUACCGUUGUGCAGAGUGUCGUACUCCUAUUUCACUGAGGGGCGUACCUAGUGAGGCCAGACAGUGUGACUACACUGGACAGUAUUACUGCAGCACAUGCCAUUGGAACGACACAGCCAUCGUCCCAGCUCGUGUCAUCCACAACUGGGAGUUUGAACCGCGCAAGGUUUGCCGCUCCUCAAUUCGCUACCUGGCACUGAUGUUGUCACGACCUGUGCUGAGGCUAAAAGAAAUCAACCCGCUGCUGUUUAACUUUGUGGAGGAACUGGUUGAGAUCAGGAAACUUCGUCAGGAUAUUCUGUUGAUGAAACCUUAUUUUAUUACCUGCAAAGAGGCAAUGGAAGCUCGGCUGCUACUACAGCUACAAGAUCGGCAGCACUUCGUUGAAAACGAUGACAUGUACUCACUACAGGAUUUGAUCGACAUCUCCAGUGGCAGACUCAGCUGCUCCCUCACAGAGAUCCACACCACAUUUGCAAAGCACAUCAAACUAGACUGUGAGCGUUGUCAGGCCAAAGGAUUUGUGUGUGAGCUUUGUAAGGAGGGAGACAUCCUCUUCCCUUUUGACAGUCACACCUCAGUCUGCCACGACUGCUCUGCUGUCUUCCACAGAGAUUGUUACUAUGACAACUCCACAACUUGUCCUCGAUGUGCCCGAAUGACGGAACGCAAACAAGACGACGUAUCAGAUGAGAAAGAAGCGUAGCUCUCUCUAAAAAAAAAAGGACCACCUGAUGUUACUGGAUGUUGCACUUUGCCUCAAGAUCAAGAAAGCCUGAUCAUAGUGUUACAAGUAGCUCCUCAUCUUCGUCUUUGGUUUGUUUUGUGUUUAUGCUGUUGUGUCUUUAUUUUCAUGUGCACUACAUAAUGAAACAGGGUAUUUAGAAGCCCAUCUGGAAAUUAAUAUAUAUAUAUGUACAUAUAUAUUUUUAUCAAACUUUUGAAUUCAUACUGAAAUUGGAUGUACUGAACACUGUGUAUGUAUGUUUGUUUCACUUGAGUGUGUAUGUGUGUGUCUGCUUGUAGAAAUAUACAAAUACACGCCCUGUAGAGUAAACCCACCUUAUCAGUAGGCGAUCAUGCAUGCAGAGGCUGUAUAAUAAACUGGAAGCCUCAACUGCAUUAACCUUUACUGCCAACUUUGCAAAACGAUAAACUUUAACGUUGCCAUAUGUUUAACUGUUUGAAAUUUUAAGGAUUAUAGCUACAGCUUCCAAUGACAAAAUUAAAAAUUGUACUAACCAGAAAUUUGCCUUUCAGCAUCAAGUUGUGUGUCUUAAAAUUAAAAUCCUGUACUCAAGUCGUAGCAUUUUACUGAGCUGCUGUUUCUAAGCAUCAGUUUAUUAGGUCAUAUAGCAACUAUCAAUGUAUAGUGUCUCAUUAGUGUUCAACAUGAUCUGGAUUAAAUAGGCUAGACUUUCACAGACUUUUUAUAAAACGAGUCUAACAGAAGUUGAGAUCUUUAGAUCCCUGCAGCUCUGACACACUUUGUCUUAUCAGAUCAGUCACUCUGUAUAAGAAUAAUAAUCUAUUGAUCUGGUCAAACGGGUCUUCAACCAAUUUCUUGUGUCUUCUCUGAAAGAAAUCCACAGUACUGUUCUAUUUUAUACAGCUUAGGCUGACUCUGAGUUUGUAAUUAGUCAACUGAAACCAUAAUUUCCAAACACAUAUCUUUGCAACAGAUACAUCAUCAAAGCAUGCAGUGCAUUUUCUUGUGUAAACCUUUCAACCAGAAAAGAAAUGCGACAUGGGGGUUGUGAAAUAUGUGUUCUUUUCAUUCGGAACCGUGAACUUAUUUCAUACAGUUUGACGUGUUUGAUCCAGUUCUGUUUAGUGCACCGUAGCAAAUAGCCGUGGAUACUCAUGAACAUUGUGUGCCUCAGGUUGUCAGGUUACCUACAGCUGUUAUCCAAACAUUGUAAUGCCAUCACGUUAAUAUGUGGUUUCAGUCUUCAUCUACCUAUAGCACAUUUAGUCCAGAGGUGACAAAUAUGUUAAGUGGCAACUUUGGCGAUGUGUAAAUGUUGAUCUGAAAUAUUUGUUUUAAAAUAAUGACUUUUGGCUGUGUUAUCUUGUAACAGCAUGAUGUACUGUAUGUUUUGUUUUUCAAACUAAUGGACAAACAUGGUGCUCGUGAAAGCCAUGUCCUGCUGUAAAACAUGAAUUGUGCAUGAAUAAAAUAAUGAAAUGCA